CUUACUGGCUCCCUUAGAGUCACUGCAGCUUUACAGAGAGGGCUCAACUACCCAACGCCAGCAUGCGUGAAAUUGUCCAUCUGCAAAUAGGCCAAUGUGGCAACCAGAUCGGAUCAAAGUUCUGGGAAGUGAUCAGUGAUGAACAUGGGAUCAAUAACCAUGGCAGUUAUCAGGGCGACUCAGACCUACAGCUGGAGAGGAUUAACGUGUACUUCAAUGAGGCCCAUUCCCACAAAUACGUUCCAAGAGCCGUGUUGGUAGAUCUGGAACCCGGGACCAUGGAUAGCCUCCGUUCCAGUAGUAUUGGACCUCUGUUCCGGCCCGACAGUUUUAUCCAUGGAAAUUCUGGCGCUGGCAAUAACUGGGCUAAGGGCCACUACACAGAAGGGGCAGAGCUGAUCGAAUCAGUCAUGGAUGUGGUGAGAACCGAAAGUGAAAGCUGUGACUGUCUACAAGGGUUCCAGCUGGUCCAUUCCCUUGGGGGAGGCACAGGUUCUGGAAUGGGCACUUUGCUCAUUAAUAAGAUCCGUGAGGAGUACCCAGACAGGAUCAUGAACACAUUCAGCAUCAUGCCCUCGCCCAAAGUCUCUGACACAGUGGUGGAGCCUUACAACGCCAUCCUGUCCAUCCACCAGUUGCUAGAAAACUCAGACGAGACCUUCUGCAUUGAUAAUGAAGCCCUGUAUGACAUCUGCUUCCGCACCUUGAAGUUGACCAACCCAACCUACGGAGAUCUCAACCAUUUGGUUUCCAUGACUAUGAGUGGAGUGACAACAUCUCUGCGCUUUCCAGGGCAGCUCAAUGCUGAUCUCAAAAAAUUAGCGGUCAACAUGGUGCCCUUUCCGCGUCUCCAUUUCUUUAUGACGGGCUGUGCUCCUCUAACCUCACGGAGAAGCCAGCAGUACAAAUCACUGACAGUGCCCGAGCUGACCCAGCAGAUGUUUGAUGCCAGAACAAUGAUGACUGCUUGUGACCCACAUCAUGGCCGCUACUUGACAGUGGCUGGUAUCUUCCGUGGUCUGAUGUCCACCAAAGAAGUGGAUGAGCAAGUGCUAUCAGUGCAGUCCAAGAACAGCGCCUAUUUUGUAGAGUGGAUCCCAAACAACGUCAAGGUGGCCGUCUGUGACAUACCACCACGUGGCCUCAAGUUGGCAUCCACUUUCAUUGGCAACAACACGGCCAUUCAAGAGAUCUUCAGGCGGAUUGCCGAGCAGUUCUCUGCCAUGUAUCGCAGGAAAGCUUUCUUGCACUGGUACACUGGAGAGGGCAUGGACGAAAUGGAGUUUACCGAAGCCGAGUGCAACACCCAUGAUCUUAUUGCUGAAUACCAACAAUACCAGGAGGCCACAGCUGAAGUGGAAGGAUAUUUUGAAGAGGAGGAAGAAGUGACUGAAGAAAUAAGGAUCACAGAAACAAUAGAGAAAGUGAUCAACUAGGAGCCCGUCCAAAACAGCAGAGUAUGCAUUUAUCCAAAUUUGACUCAAUCACCAGAAACAAAUUCAAUUCCAAUAAAAAAAAAAACGAUAGAACUGUGAAACUUCAGGAUGAGACAAAGACUAUGUUGUCCAUGUCCCUUCACUUGUUCUAGGACUUUUUGGAGCUGGUACUUUUUAUUAAUUGUAGUUACAAAUAGAAACAUAGAUAAUGGCUUUAAAGCACGGGUUCUCAAACUUUUCUUCCCACGUGUCCUUUUUUUAUUAAAAGAGUCGCCUGUUUGUCACUACUGCAGAGAUUACAGUUAAUUACAGUCAUUAAUGAAAGAAACAAGGUGAACUGCUGCCAGAGAAGUGAAAACCAAAGGAAAUGAUAUGAAGAAUGCAGGUCAAGAGGCAAAAACUGCUGCCGUAUAAAGGGGGACACAGGAGGUCUUUACGGGUCACAAGUUUGAGAAACAAUGUCAGACUAAAUAGGUGUGAAUUGUACUUGAAAACAAAAUUUUAUGUUUUGUUUUUUUUUGGGGUAAGAAGUACUUCAUGGUACUCUUGGAGCCAUUUAUGCUUUAUGGUUAAAAUAAAAAACAAUAAAAAUACACUUGGUUGUGUCCCAAUUAUGGUAAGCACAUUAUGUGCAGACAUGGGGGUGAUUUCUCCCACAUUAAAUUCCAGGGCAUAGAACAUGUCAAAUUGGGACCACGUGGAGACGAUAUUAAGAGAAUAAUUGACCAAAGGGAAACGUUUUGGAUAUUCACCUUGAGGACUAGGCAUCCACAUGGUCUCAAUAAUGACUGGGAGGUAACAUGCUUUUUUCAGCCAUAAUGUAUAUAUAUGUAUAUUGGAUGAUGUACAAGUGAAAGGCCUUAUCGUUAAAAAAGUGUGAAUAUCAAUGCAUCUUUUUUGUAACAUUGUAUAAAGAGAAUAUCAGCUGUGACCAAUAUGACUUGUAACAAACAAGAUAUAUGUUGUUUGUUUAUUUUACAUUUGAGAUUUUUUUAAUGAACACAGGUAUAUAAGGCACAGGAUAUCCUGUGACCUCACCUCUGAUGAAGUG